GAGGGCGGGCCUCCGGUCACGUGACGGCUGCGCAGGUGAGCACCGCUUCCGGGUCGGGCUUCGGAGUCGCGGCCAGCUCCCGCUUCCACUCGCUCGGGUGCGCGGGAGACUAUGGCGUCCUCCUCCGUCCCUCCCGCCACCGCACCCGCGGCAGCUGGAGGCCCCGGCCCGGGAUUCGGCUUCGCCUCCAAAACCAAGAAGAAGCAUUUCGUGCAGCAGAAAGUGAAGGUGUUCCGGGCCGCCGACCCGCUGGUGGGCGUGUUCCUGUGGGGCGUCGCCCACUCGAUCAAUGAGCUCAGCCAGGUUCCUCCCCCAGUGAUGCUGCUGCCAGAUGACUUUAAAGCCAGCUCCAAGAUCAAGGUCAACAAUCACUUUUUCCAUAGAGAAAAUCUUCCCAGUCAUUUCAAGUUCAAGGAGUAUUGCCCCCAGGUCUUCAGGAACCUGCGAGAUCGGUUUGCCAUCGAUGAUCAUGAUUACUUGGUGUCCCUUACUCGAAGCCCCCCAAGUGAAACUGAAGGCAGUGAUGGCCGCUUCCUUAUCUCCUAUGACCGCACUCUGGUCAUCAAAGAAGUGUCGAGCGAGGACAUUGCGGAUAUGCACAGCAACCUCUCCAACUACCACCAGUACAUAGUGAAGUGUCACGGCAACACGCUUCUGCCUCAGUUCCUGGGCAUGUACCGAGUCAGUGUAGAAAAUGAAGACAGCUACAUGCUCGUGAUGCGCAAUAUGUUUAGUCACCGUCUUCCUGUGCAUAGGAAGUACGACCUCAAGGGCUCUCUAGUGUCCCGGGAAGCCAGCGAUAAGGAGAAGGUUAAAGAACUGCCAACACUGAAGGAUAUGGACUUUCUUAACAAGAACCAGAAAGUGUAUAUUGGUGAAGAAGAAAAGAAAGUAUUCCUGGAGAAGCUGAAGCGAGAUGUGGAGUUUCUAGUGCAGCUGAAGAUCAUGGACUACAGCCUUCUGCUGGGCAUCCACGACAUCAUCCGGGGCUCUGAACCCGAGGAAGAGGGGCCCGUGAGGGAGGAGGAAUCAGAGUGGGAUGGGGACUGUAACCUGGCUGGACCUCCCGCCCUAGUGGGCUCCUAUGGUACCUCCCCUGAGGGCAUUGGAGGCUACAUCCAUUCCCACCGGCCCCUGGGCCCAGGAGAGUUCGAGUCCUUCAUCGAUGUCUAUGCUAUCCGGAGUGCGGAGGGGGCCCCCCAGAAGGAGGUGUACUUCAUGGGCCUCAUUGACAUUCUGACACAGUAUGAUACCAAGAAGAAAGCAGCUCACGCAGCCAAGACCGUCAAGCACGGGGCGGGGGCAGAGAUCUCCACUGUCCAUCCUGAGCAGUAUGCUAAGCGGUUCCUGGAUUUUAUUGCCAACAUCUUUGCCUAAGAGGCUGCCUGACUCCAGGGUGAUUGCGGCUUUAUGUUGGAGGUGGCGGGUUCUGAGAGGCUUAGGGGGGCUGGAUUUGGCCAUUACUUCUCUUCUUUGCUAAAUUCAGGCUGCAGACUCCUUCCAUCCAAAUAACUUCAUUCUGGUGGAUAGGGUUUUCUUGCCCCAGACAUCCACCGUCCUUUCUCCCCUUGUCCAUUUCUCUGCCCCCCCUCCUUGCUCCCAGUAAGCCCUCCUGCUUCAUUAGAGUGUUAUUGUCGACUCUUCUAAGUGCCUUGAUCUUUGAAAAAUAUCUUGUUUCUGUGAAAUAGGAGGAGCUGGGGGAGGGGUUGUUUGCCAUCUUCGGGACCUGACUGGACAGUGGACAUGGCUCAAGCAGCUGCCUGGACGCACUUUGCUGAGUGGAAGAAACAGAAUUGUCUGGAUUUUGCUGAUACUUUUACGGGGCACUUUGUGGCAUGCUUCCUCCCUGGUAAGCCCUGGAAUGGAGGGCUUUCAGGAUGCUCCAGAUGUGGGUGCAGGCAUUCACACACAGACAGUCUGGCCCGGAGGUCAGGUGGGGAGUGGUCAGCAGGCUGGCACCUCACAAUGCAGGACCUAAGCCUAAGUGGACUUUUGUGACUAUGCAGAUGAUGGAGAAGGUCCCUGUGGAGCGACAACUGUUCCAUUCUCCCACCCCACCCCACGUCCACCUCUUUCCAUGAGCACUUCAGGUGCAGGAGCUCAGAGGCCGGCAGUACCCGAGCUCAGGUGCAGGUGUGAGACUCGGGGGGCCGCUCUUUCCCACAACCCUGUGCCUUGCUGGUGAGCAGGGAGAGCAGUAGAGGCCAGGCCAGGUCAGAGUGCAGGGUUCAUUGCCUGGGUGACACCCUUUCUUCCUGUCUAGCAGAGGGGAACAGUGCCAUCGCUAUAAUUGGGAGAGGAUAGAGGUCUCGAGUGUGGGAGCCCCCCCAUCCCUGGGGCAUAUACCUAGAACUUUCCCCCUCCUUCUCAAAACCCUUUUCUGGUUGGAGUUGUUAUUCUGUCCCAUCUUCCACUGCUAAUGUGUCUCCCGGGGGACAGAUGGCCUUCUUUGUCAUCUCCCCUCUCCGCCCCCAGAGAGGAGUCAGAGCCAUAACAACCCACCCAGUCCUCUCCAAAGACAGCUGAAUAUUAAUGCACGACUUCCUCGGAAUGGAGAGGAGCCGCUAGGCAUCUCAGCUCUCCCAGCUCAUGCCUGUAAACCCAGCACUCAGGAGGCUGAGUCAGUUACUCUGAGAGUUCAAGGCCAGCCUGGGCUACUGAGUGAGACCUGGUCUCAGGAAAACUCAAAAUAGGUUUGGGUUUGAGUGGCUGGAGAUCAUAACUGAGUUGGUCAUGUGCUUGCCUAGUGUGUACAAAGCUCUGGGAUCCACACCAGGCGUGGCGGUGCAUGCCUGCACUCCUAGCCUUGGGAAAUAGUGGUAAGCAGGGUGGGUAUUCAAGGUCAUCGUCAGUUACUUGGCGAGGUGGAGGCCAGCCAAGGAAACAGGAGGCAUCUUUGGGAAAAUGACUCUAAGAAGAGAUAGGUUGUCUUUGUCUCCGCCUGAAGCCUUUGGAAGCAAGCGCUCGUCUUCGCUGUUCUGCACCCCUGCAGAGCUUGGUGCUCUGGAGGUGGGGUGGGCAUUGAAGGCAAGGAGCUGCUUUGCUGUGUGACCAUGAGGUCCUCAGGGAGAAGCCCACCCUUCCUUUCCAAAGGAAGCAGCAAUAUGGGUGCCCAGUUGGGGUGGGUGGGGCCUGGUGGGUAUCCCAUCCCUCAAGCGACCUUUCCCCUGUUGAAUGCAAUAAAGUGACACCAGCAGCUGUUCCUUACAACUGGGCUCUCACCGUGAGGUUGUGGUCGUGGGCAGUGUUGCCAUCUUCACUUACUGCUUCUGUUUUCCAUCUGUUUUGUUAAUAAAAUAUGUGUAUUUACUCCCAAUAUCACAAUAAAAUAAAUUAUUUGAUCUAAGUCA